CAAUCCAAAAGCUAAUCCUCAAAACCAAGACUUGUUAGAAAGUGUAGAGCUAAGGAUUAAGUUUCACCCUCUCAUUUAAAUACCAAUUUCUUUCUGUCACCCAAACUUUCUGGGUACAGAGCCAAGUUUUUCUGUGGAAGGAGGGAAGAAAAGAUUUAAAAUAGGGGUGUGUGAGGGUUAGUGAUUCAUCUUCAGUUGCUAGCCAUUGCAAGGAGAACCAAUUCCUGAGAGAAGCUGAAGAAGACACCAUGAGUAAGAUCAGUGAGACAGUGAACAGGGCCAGGGCUGCCUUCAACUCUGGCAAAACUCGGCCCUUGAAGUUCCGGUUACAGCAGCUGGAAAACCUGCGAAGGAUGAUGAAGGAGGGAGAAAAGGACAUUGCUGCAGCCCUGAAAGCUGAUCUCCACAAGGCUGAAUGGCCUGCAUAUUAUCAAGAGAUCAUUUAUGCCUUGGAAGAAACUGAGCAUGCAAUCGACAACCUUCCCCAGUGGAUGCUUGAUGAGCCUGUGGAGAAGCACCCUCAAAGGAAGGAUGACCAGCCUUAUAUCCACUCAGAACCACUGGGUGUGGUUCUGAUCAUGGGAGCUUGGAACUUCCCCUUCCUUUUGACCAUUCAGCCAUUAGUGGGCGCCAUUGCUGCAGGCAAUGCUGUAGUCAUCAAGCCUUCUGAGUUGAGCGAGCAGACAGCCAUCAUGUUGGCCACACUGAUCCCUAAGUACCUGGACAAGGACUUGUAUCCAGUUAUCAAUGGUGGUAUUCCUGAGACCACAGAACUGCUGAAGGAGAAAUUUGACCACAUCAUCUACACUGGGAGCACUGGAGUGGGCAAGAUUGUCAUGACAGCAGCAGCCAAGCACCUGACUCCAGUGACCCUGGAACUGGGAGGGAAGAGUCCCUGUUAUAUCGACAAGGACUGUGACCUGGAUAUUGCCUGCAGACGUAUCACUUGGGGGAAGUACUUGAACAGCGGUCAGGGCUGUGUGGUUCCAGACUACAUCCUCUGUGACCCUUCUCUACAAGGCCAAAUAGUGGAAAAGGUUAAAAAAAACCUGAAGGAAUUCUAUGGAGAUGAUGCCAAAACUUCUCCUGACUAUGGAAGAAUCAUCAAUAAACGUCAUUUCAAAAGGGUGAUGGGCUUAAUUGAGGGACAGAAGGUUGCCUAUGGAGGGAAUGGAGAUGAAGCCUCCUGCUAUAUAGCCCCGACCAUUCUCAUCGAUGUUGACCCGAGGUCUAACGUGAUGCAAGAAGAAAUCUUUGGGCCCCUCCUGCCCAUCGUCUGCGUGAAGAGCCUGGAGGAAGCCAUCCAGUUCAUUAACCAGCGACCAAAGCCCCUGGCUCUCUACGCCUUCUCCAACAACGAGCAGGUCAUUAAGAAGAUCGUUGCAGAGACUUCCAGCGGAGGCUUUUGUGCCAAUGACGUCAUUGCCCAUCUGGGUCUCCACUCUCUCCCCUUUGGGGGUGUAGGGGACAGCGGCAUGGGCUCCUACCAUGGCAAGGACAGCUUUAGGACCUGCUCUCACCGCCGAUCCUGCUUGAUCAGGCCUCUGAAGAAGGAGGAAACUGACAAAAUUCGAUUCCCCCCUUUCCCUGCUAAGGUCACACACAAAUGAGAUGCUAUCAGUCCUUUGUCCACUGGGACAAAUUGUUGUUUGGAAGUCUAAGAUUUCACUGAACCUCUGAACCUUCAUCCCUGCUGCCCCCAGCCUCUCCCCUCUUUUCUACUUGCCUCUAGUAAUUCUCUCCUUCCUCAAUUAGCAGCUUGAUGGUCACCUGCUCUGAGAAGUUUUCCUAGACCACCCCUAGCCAACAGCUGGGACACCUUCUUCUUCUGGACUCCUGCAGCAUUUGCUGUCCCUAUCUUGCCUUAUCACAAACUCCUUUGGGUUGUUAAUUAGUUGUUCUGGGUUCCUGUGUCUUUAUCUUCCCCAUUAGACUGGAAGCUCCUUGAGGGCAGGAAUCAAGUCUUAUGUUUCUUUUGGAUCAAUCCCCCCACCCAGUAUAGUGUUGAGCAGGAACAUUUAUUCAAUAAAGACUUGCCAAAUGAA